AUGUCACAUGAAGGAAGAUCAACAGAUGAUAAUUCCGAUACUGAACGUAUAAGAAAUACGGUAAUCAUGGAAAAUGUUACCAAUUCAUUUGGAUCACUUGAAAAUGCUGAUCAGGUUCUGGCUGAAUUUGGUAGUUAUCAACGAUAUGUUUUAUUGAUUACAACUUUAUUAUCAUUUAAUUGGGCAAUAGCUUCAAUGCCAAUAAUGCACGGUACAUUUAUCAUUGAUGAUGAUUGCAUCCUAAAUACUACAAGUCUCGGUACCAAUGUAGACAAUGUAAAUGCAUGCAUGGAAAACUCUCAAACAAUAACUCCAAUCUCUGAGUUUAAUUUACGCGGUAGUCAACGAUAUCUGGUAGAAUGGACCACUUCAGCAUUUAUGCUAGGAAAUAUGAUCGGCGCCAGUUCGCUUACAUAUUUAUCGGACAAUAUUGGACGACGUCCAGUGUUAAUUUCAAGCCUAUUAUCGCUUGGAAUUAUUGGUAUAUUAACUUCCUCAGCUAAAGAUAUUGUUGUUUUUAUUAUUGGACGUUUCAUACAAGGUUUUUGCUCUCCGGGUGCAUUGUUGGUCGGUUGGGUACUUGGUUAUGAAAGUGUACCAAUUGGAUUACGCGGUUUUGUCACUUUGAUAUAUGGUAUUAUGUGGGUAGUGGGCUUCUGUGCGGUAGCUCCACUUGUUUAUUUCAUCGCUAAUUGGCGAUGGCUAAUGAUUACAUACUCGAUACCUUCAAUAGUACUCGCUGCUACAUAUUUCUUUAUUAUUCCGGAAAGCCUUCAUUUCCUGAUGGUUAAUGGAAGAAAGCAAAAAGCCGCGAAAUGGAUUCGAAAUGCGGAAAAAUAUGGAAAGGUUUUGCAUAAAAGAAAUGUAGAUAUGAUGGUGGAACUGCUCGAGAAUACGUAUUUAGACGAGAAAAUGCAUGAAAGAGAAAAGAAAAUUACGGAAAAUUUGAGGUCACCAUUACUAGACCAAUUAAUGGAACAUAAAAUUUUCUGUAUUUAUACAUUUAUCUUAAUUUAUCUGUGGACUAGUGAUACAUUCCUUUAUUAUGGCUUAUCGAAUUAUAGUAUUCAUUUACCAGGAAAUAAAUACUGGAACUAUGUAUUAUCAGGUUUAGCCGAGUUGCCAGCAUAUAUUACUAUACCUUAUGCUCUUGAAAAGUAA